UGACGGAAAUUUACAUACCUGUAGCCUCUUUCUGCACCCGAGGGACAAAGACGGACCGGAGAUAGCGCGAGUGUCAAGAGUGAAAAUUUUGCCGCCCUCAAUGCAAUGCUCCUUCACCGCAUUCACUUGGGAGUGUUGGCCUGCUUUGCCGCAUAGGCAGUGCUGCCGCCUAGCUAGGUGUUGAUUUUGUUUUUCGCUCAUGUUCCUUUGUUUCUUCCAAGUUCCAGUGCCUUUAGGCAAAUUGUGAUUGAAAGUUUUAGUAAAUCUCAUUCCUAGAACCGUCUCCCAGUUUCAAUUAAAACGAAUUAAUUAGAAAUUACACAUUUUAUUGUUCCACGAACGGUACGAAACCUUCGGAAGAAAUCAGAUUACAUUGAAUUUUAAAUGCGGAAAAUCAGUGCAGUGAUUUUCGAUAAUUGUCUGUACUCCUGAUGUGCUGCCUGAGCCUCCGCAGGCUUUCCUUGAUAGUGGAAAUGCUCGUGCAGUCCUCGCUGAAGUUCUCCUUCCUUGGGUCCGAGCUCGGAACACUCGAUGCUACGUCACUGACGAUGGCUGAAACCAUGAGUGAGUCCAGAAUGAGGGCACAGAAAUUCAAAAUUAAUUUUGUUACUGACAGCAAAUGGCGUGCAUCGUAGGAGGAUGGAGUUGUUGCAGGCCGUGUCCUUCUUCGAUGCCGCAGGUGAUAAUGGCGGGUCCCGUGAAAUGACGACACACGAGCCGCCACAACAGCUCCCGAGCUGACCGAGCGCCUCUCGAGCAUAGAUUGACAUAUUCCUUGUCGAGGAAGGCUGUCCCUUGACAACAUUCUACAAAUAAGACCUGAAAGCAAUGCAUGUUUGAGGGAGUUUGCAAUUCUGACUGAGAUUUUAUUAUUUUUGAAUACCCUACGAGGCCAAUAAAAUUUUUCCCCUCCUAAUUUUGAACAACUGACUCACUCUGAAAAAUUAUACUCGAUGGAGGGACGGAUAACCAAAAUUUUACUAACCUUCGUUCCGUCCUUGCUGAUGUCGCCAGGGGUUUUGAAUUCCAACUGGUUUUGGAAAAAAUCAUGCUCUUUUCUAACUGGAAAGGGAUGUUCGCACAUUAUAUUACAAUUACACCGGAUUGUACGCGAAAUUUGCUCACUUUCAUGUCUCAGCGUGGCCAUUUCCACUUCGCACUCGUACAUUUGCCGCUGCGUAGCAUUCUGAACUGCAACUUCCAAGUGGAGCACCUUCAUCUGUGCAUCGACCUCCAUCCUCCUAGCGUCCUUGUAGGUCUCCCAAAGAUUCUCUGGGAUGGCUGGAAUGACCUGAAAUGGCGAGCAGUCCAACGUGUUGUGCCCCAGUACGCAGACAUUGCAUGGAUAACAGCUCACCGUUUCCUCUUUCGCGAGGCAGUGGGUGCAGUUACACGGUUUCUUGGUCCGACGAAGCAUAUUGGAGGGCCAGAUAGAAGCGGAUGGCCGUUAGUUGCGAUUUCCAAGUUGUGUGAUUUGCACCUCGUGUCAAGUCAGAGUGAUGCAACAAUGGCCACGCUACUAUCUGCAACUGGUAACAACUGGAGAACUGAUUUUCGCGCCAGGCCCUUCUGGCAGUGGAUGUGCAGUGGAUCUGCAGUGGAUGUGCAGCGGAUGUGCAAUGCCCUUGCGGAUUUACGCGCCAAGCAACACGCGCCCCGCUCAAUCGGUUCAGCCAUGCAGUCCGACAAGUUCAAGUUCAUGGUGCUGGUCAGUACUGAGGGUGUUGUGUCACUGAAGAAGAUUGAAAAAAAUGCGAUCCCCCCGACCUUUAAUGACGUUGUCAAGAACAAAGAUGGCCAUGACAGUUUGGUUGUCUUCUCUGGCGAGUCUGGCGCCGCCUUCAGCGUUCUGAGCAAGACGAAGAACGAUGCAGUGAAGAUCAGCCGCUACCAAACGAAGUUGAUUGCAAUGCUCGCCUCCCGAGUUUCUCGGCAGUCUGUUGGCGCCCGGAUGACUUCGGAGCCGCCUCUAGAGGUGCCUCUUCCUAAGGUUGUGCCUGCGCCACAACCUACACCUGGCCAGCAGGUGCCAGCUUUGUCAACUCCUGGCGCCAGCAUGGGACAGUUUGGUCGAACAAGUGAUUUCCUGCCUCGCGCACUGCUCGAUUCCCCUCCAAUGGACUAUGAGUACGCUAGACUGAUGAGUCCUGUGCCACCUGGUGGCCAGUGUGGGAGACAUCUGCCUUCGAGUGAAGAACCCGCCAUCGCGCACUCUACAAAAUCGGCCGAGUUUGGCAGUGCUAGGCGCGCACACACCCAAGGAAGCCGAUCCCUCGUGUCGCGUUCGUUUGUAGUCGAACCAGUAGCGGGAUGCAGCGGGUGGAAGCCGGUCGAGAGGAAGAAGCCUCGUCCGUUGGAAGGCCCUGAUGUUGCAAUCCCAAGAUGGGGCGCCGCUCACAAAUCCAUCCGAGCCGGCUUCGACGAGUCGUCAACAGACACAGCAGAGUCGGAUGACUCCUCGUCGCAAGAAAUGACAGAUGAGGCGGCUGCCAGCCGAGUUUCGAAGCCGCAGGGAAACCAGGCGGCUAUAAUUGCUCGGACUGAUCAACAAACACCUGAGAAGAAAGUGAUCAAUGACGCGGUGCCUGCGACGCCAGGCAAUGAGUUGCCCCAUGACAAGUUGCACUUAAUCAAGAUUACUUUCUUCUCUAUGGAAAGGAAGAAUGACAUGCCCGACUUCUUCCUCAUCGCAGACAGCCAGUCCCCAGGACUGCAGUCGCUUCCUGAGCUGCAUCGGCUGACCCAGGACAGAAGUGGUGAUCCGAAGGUUCUCCGUAAGGCUGAAAUCGUCUACAGCCAGCUGUACAUCACAACAGAGGCCCUUUAUGCACUGAUGAAUGAACUGCUCUCUGCGGACCAACUGCUAGCACAGUCUGUGCCACCAGGCGCCACUUUCCUGACAUCUACCUUUCAAUCCCUGGAUAUUGAUCCUGCAGAGGGAGUGGUAUACAUCUUUGGCGUGCAUGCUGGCACGGAGUGGCGAGCAUUCGACCUGUUCAGCGGGGUACUGAAGAAACACACGAGAAAAGUUUACGAAACAUUCACAAAAGCGGCUGGUUCGAGAAGAUUUGCCGCCAUGGGCGGUUCAUGCCUUACUCUGUCCCCUCACAAGAAGGUGAAGACCACGCCCGUCAAGAUCUUGGCUCUUGCCGCCGGCGUGAAAAAGAACCAAUAUUGCUAUUUCUGCGGAAAGAACUUUAGGGGGAACAUCAUGAGGCAUCUGCGGUUGGGCCACAUGCAGGAGCCAGAAAUCCAAGAUCUGUACGCUGCGAAGCCAUCCGCGGAACGAAUGAGAGCUUUCUUCAGUGAAUUGCGGCUCCUUGGUAACGAGCAGCACAACGCCACAGUAUUGCAGUGCAGGCAGGGCACGCUGGUACCGUCGCGGCGCAGCCAGACAGCCAGCGUUCGCACAACAAACAAGUGCCCCUACUGCCUGACACUUCACACGAGCCGCAAUUUCAAGAGGCACUUGCAGAUUUGCCGCACUCGGCGAGGCGUUGAGGCCCGAGAACCAGCACCACCGGUUGACCUGCUCGAGUUGAACCGCAUUGAGCAACUCCGGACAAAUUUGGACCAGAGCUACACGGUUGCGGUGGACAAAAUCCUUAACAACAUGCGUGACAAAAGGAUCGCCAGCUUCAUCAUCACAGAUGAUCAGCUGGUGAUCAGAGUGGUAAAAAAUUUUGGCCUGCAGCAGGAAACUGGCAACAACGGAGUGCAAAUCAGCCGGAGGAAUAUCCGCCUUCUCUACGCUUUGUACACCGCUUUCAAGGUGCAUGCAGAAAUCCCUGGAUUAGUAACCUCGCUGAGGGACAUCUGCAAGCGGUCCGUUUGGCAGGGGCUUCCCAGUAACCGACCGGCAAGCAAGACUGACCGAAUCAUCGAGGUCAUCCACACCAUCUGCGGCGGUGAGGAAAACAGGGUAGAUUUCAAGCGGCCCAAUGACGUCAUGACGCUCAGCUCACUCAUCAGACAAGUAGCGAGUGAGUUGCAGCAGGAGCGGUUCGAGGACGAAGCCGAGCGUAAAUUGUGGACCGAAGAGUGCCGGUUGCUGAUCGAAUACCUGGAAACUAAGAGGUACCGUAUUUAUACGACAACAAGGGCUGCAAAGCAGAAGAAAAACAGCGAGAAGCUCCACAAGACGCACGUGUCACCCCACGACCUGCAACUCUACAACGCGCACCUUGAAGGAAUGUGCAGCUACCACCACAUUCACCUGCAGAAAGCGAAGAAAGAGUCAGAGUUUGAGUGUCACUACAAGGCGUUGGCAACACAUUUGAACCUGGCUUUCUGUUCCUUCAACGCUCGCAGGGCGACUGAGGGAAGCUUCGUUACUCUGCAGAACUAUGAGGAGAGAAACAAUUACUCGGGGAAGAACAGCGAUGCGCUAUCAAAAGCGCAACAAGAACUGGCCGAGCGGUACGACGUGCUUACCUCCACCGGGAAAGGGUCUACCAAAGUUCUUUCCCUCUUAAAACCAGAAUGGCGCGACUACUUCACAACCCUGUCUGACAAAGGAGUGCGUGCUGCGGCGGGCAUUCCGGAGAGUUGCAUUUACCUGUUCGGCACGAAAAACGGAAAACCGAUGGACGUGAGAGGGCCGCAGAAAGCAGCUGCUGAAGCGUGCCUUGCAGAACGACCUGAUGACCUCAGGGCGCGUGCCAUCAGGACGACCUUCGCGACAACUUUGGGCCAGAUGGAGCUUAGCGGACCUUCAAAGAAGCUCCUGUGCCUGUUGAUGGGACACUCAAUCACGGUCCACGACCAGUACUACGAUCUUCCGACGGGCCUUGGUUUCAAUCUGAUGGUCGGCAGAGCACUAGAGAUUUUCCAAGAUGGUAACAUUCAAAAGCACAAGGGAACCACCUUGGAACAGGCAGCAGAGAUCAGAACAACCGCUGCCCAACCGGACAAUGCUGACCCGGAAGACGACUUCAGCAUCGAGGACCUCCAAGAUGCCAUUCUCUUUGAGGACGUGGAUGAGGAAGCCGCAGAGGCAGAGCUUGCUGUGAAACCACAGCCGACUAAACCACGGCGGGGACGCAAACCCGGGAGCAAGAACAAGGUCAGAGCUCCGAAUAAACCGACGCUACGCAAGAAAACGAAAAAAGCAGCGCAGUCCGAAAGUGAGGCAGAAGAAACUGAAACGAGCAGCAAUGAGUCCGCCGCAGAGACCAACAUCUCGGCUGAUUCAGGAUCCGUGCAUGAAACUAGCAAUGCAGAAGCGCAGGUACAGGUUCCCACGUUGACGGUGCCACAGAAACGACGCCCAGGCCGACCGCGGGGCUCCAAGAACAAAACUGUUGCCAAAGGAAAGGAAGCAUCUGCCCCUGUGACGGCAGACAGUGACGCUGCUGCUGACAUCUCAAACCAGGAAAAACGGUUUCCCAAGAAGCGCGCAAGUUCCAGCAUUACCAGGGUUUCAAGUUUGCCUGAGAAGAAAAGAGGACGCCCAAAGAAAGUUCAGUAAUAUUCUAACUAGAAGUUUUGUUUGUUGCCAACCAAUGCCCAGUUAUGUAAGGAUCACGCUUUAUUCUCCUUUCAUUUGUUACCAAUUGUUACUUCCUCCUCUGUUAAAUGCUCAUGUGAAUGGUUGUGCCUAGGAAGUACGUGUAAUAAAAACCGUCAACCAGUUAUUUCAAGGA